AUGGCUCGGAUGACUGCAGUGGCCAUGCUGCUGCCAGGGCUGCUGCUCGCCCUCCUCGCUGCUGCCAUCGCUUCCAUUGCUGUCGUCCGCAUCAUCAUGCCACUUGGAAGGGAAUGUUUCUAUCGUGCUUCAGGUAACGCCACUGUGAUGUGUGGAAAUGCCACAUGCGGACCUGACUCUCGGCCUAAUGCCGCCAAUGCCAUCACCGCAUCGCUUCAGCAUGCCCACGCUCUCGACGUGCCUAUUCACUCCCUCCACGCCCUGUCUCCAGGUGCAAUUCAUCUGCUCGUGCUGUAUUCUGCACUCGCUACUCUUGGAUCACUGCUGUGGGGGAUGGGCGUGACCCACACGCAAGUCAGAGCAUGGGUGCAUCAGCAGGGCUUGGCUGUGACGGCUGGGCUGAUGAAGCUGAAGAGUGCAAGCAAGCGCCUCCUGCAACCUGGAAUGUUCUCUCUGCUGCACAGCCUCAGGAAGCGAGCUUUUUCUGGGGUGCAGAAAGUGAGCGAGGCUGUUGGGACUAUCGCUGCGAGGAUGGCCGGAACAGCUGAGUUGAGUGAGGCGAUGGAGAUGAAAAUGAGGGCGUUUACCAUGCAGCUGGAAGAGACACGGAGGGAAUUGGAGGGGGCUGAGAGGCGACGACUGGCGGAGAUGAUGCAGGGCGAGGUGAAUGCAGUUAGGGAGGAGGUGAUAGCAGCAAAAGGGGAGAUGGCUGAGCAGAAGCAGUCAACCACAUUGCAGUUUGAGGAGGCUGAGAGGAGACGAGUGGCGGAGAUGAGAGGGCAGGUGGAGGAGAGGGAGAGGGAGCUGGCAGCAGUGAAGGGGGGGCUGGCUGCAUUGAGGGGGGAGCUGGUCGAACAGAAUGUUCUCAUGAAGUUGGAUGUUGACCUGCAGAUCAGGCAGAGUGAAGGCAAUCAGAAGACAGCAUGGGAGGUGAGUGCUAAGGGAACUCUUUCACAGGGCAUGCAUGGUUGA